AUGGAAUUCACUUUUCUUGAUACUUGCUUGGAUUUGAGUUUGAAUUCUACAACAUCUCUUGAUGAACUACCAAUUAAACAACAAGAAGUAAUUGGAUUGGGAGGAGACAUGCCAUCAAAUGAUGAGGCUGCAAGUGAUCAUUUGGCAAAGGAAGUAAAGAGAUUGAGUGGUGAAAACAAGAAGCUACGAGAAGUGCUGAGUGUUAUGUAUGACAACUAUAAUACUUUGAGAAAACAAUACAUAAACAAUUGUAGUACUAGUGGAACCUCAAGAAAACGAAAAGCUGAAAAAAUCACCUCUAGAGUAAAUUCGGAACUAAGUGAUGAAGACUCUUCGUGCAACAAAUCCAGAGUACUAGUACAUCAUCACCACAUUCAAAGAUCUGACCAUACAACUCUCCUAGUGAAGGAUGGAUACGAGUGGCGUAAAUACGGUCAGAAAAUAACGAGAGACAACCCGUAUCCCAGAGCGUACUUCAAGUGUUCAUUUGCUCCUACUUGCCCCGUUAAGAAAAAGGUGCAAAGAAGUGUUGAUGAUAAGUCCAUUAUAGUAGCAACAUAUGAAGGAGAACAUAACCAUUCAAAAGUAGUACUAGAGGCUGGUGAGGGCUCUAGUACUACUACAAUUGGUCAUAGUCACAAGCAGCCAGAGUUUAACAAGUUGUUGAUAGACCAAAUGGCGUCAUUCUUAACCAGAGAUCCCAAAUUUAAAGCUGCCCUUGCUGCUGCCCUUCGCGAAAAAACUACCCUUACACAUAAAUAGAGGGUAGUUACGUUGGCUACACAAUUAUUCAAUAUCAAGAAGGGUUGACUCGAGAGAAGACAAUGUAACCAACUAUUCGUACAAUGUUAGAGUGGGUUUAAAGUCAAACAUUAGUUGAGGAAUGGACCGAUGGUCUGCUUAUAUGGACUUGGACAAUCUUCCCCUCAUGAGCUAGCUUUUGGGGUUGAGUUAGGCUUACAUGUCAUAUCAGAUAAAAGCAAAGAGUAUGUGUUUGGAAGGCUAAAUUGGACUAGGAGGCUCAAGUGAGAAUGGGAUAUAUUAAAUUGACUUAUUUUCAAAGUGCAGCCAAAUUUUGAAUUCCCUUUUUGUAUGCUAUGAAAUGCAAGUUCAUGAUGUGACAACAUUUUUCUUAAUAUA